AUGUGAUAAAACAGGAAAACUGAAUGAAUACAAAGGGGAAAUGGUCACAAGAAGAGGAGGAAGCUCAAGCUUUAGUGGUGGUGCUGGUGGUUGUCAGUUAAUGGAAAAAAAAACGUGAAUAAUGGACUAUGUCAUAAAGUGUGAAAAAUAAUGGAGAAACAUCUUUGAAGAGCCACCUUGACCAGACGGCAGCUACGAUGCGUGCUCUGUGAUACUUAGUGUUGAGAGAGUUUGGUGUGUCGAGGCAAUCACAUUCACCGCGACAACUGAUUUGCAACAAGCACACGUUUGAACCAGCGACAAUGAACCCUGUACCAGGCCUGCCCCCCCUGCCGAAGAGUCUGAGCGGGCUCCUCACCUUCGCGGGCCGCCGAGAGGGUGGAGGCCCCGAGCGGUACAGCCCCCCGGUGAAGCCCAACACGGAACGAUACAGUCCCCCCAUCAGGGCAGACUCCCGCACUGAAUCUCGUAUGGACUCACGCCCCGAAUCCGCACGUUCUCAUUACUCAGGUGUGGGUUACGGGGCAAGUGCAUUUGAGCCUUACUAUGCCAACGGGUCAGUGCAAGGGUUCUCUCCUCGCUCCUCGCCGCGCAGCCACUCUUCCUCUCCCCGUAACCAAAGUGGCGGCGGCGGGGCCACGUCAGGAGGCAGCAAGACUCACAGUCCCAGAGGCAGCCCUCCAGUGCCUGGCUCCAUAACAGGCAAUAAUCCGCGGCUCAGUCCAGCGCACGCUCCACCUGUGAGACAGCGGCGACCCUCUACUCUCGACUCCCAGCUGGCCGUGCUCAGAAAGGAAAUGGUUGGUCUGCGGCAGUUGGACAUGUCCUUGUUAUGUCAGUUGUGGUCACUCAACGAAUCUAUUCAAGAAUUCAAGCAGCUGGUCAAUGAGCGGGCAGCCACUGGGAUGGACUGGGGAGGGGGAGACACUUCAGCUGAGGACACUGAUGACUACUAUGGCAUCCCUGUACGGCGACCCAAUCCUUACCUCCACCCUGUGCCUGAACAGUUCCCACAACUAUCUCCCUCUUCUUCUGAAUCCAGUUUAGAAUAUGGGAACAUAUAGUGCCGUGCAACCGCCCUCUCACGGCGAUACAGAGGGUCGUGCAGUCAGCCGCGUUCUUCACUGCCUCAUCAUAAGCGUUGAUAGUGGUAUUUUUAUAGAGGUGAUAAGACUGUGGUAAGAUGUCAGUCAUACUCUUGCUAUUGAAGUGCUAUAAGUUGCAGCUGCCAGAAAGAGAGUGCGUAUGUAUAUUUAAAUUUUUACACAUGAUGCAAUGUAGAAAGCAAACAAAAUGGCUGUGCAGCAUUUUGAUAUACAAUGAAGGGCAGUUUGAACACUAGCCAGGUGCAAUAUUUUCUAGACUUUAAUUUUCUUGGCUGUACAUGAUGUGGCUGCAUCCUGUAAAGAUGCUGACAUUGAACAGGUGGUUACAUUCUAGUAUUUGUUUUGUAAUAUUUGCAUUGUUGAUGAACUCCUGAAACCUGAUCUUAAUACUGAAGUUACCACCAUGUGAUCAGUUCUGACUUUGUCAUUGUACACCCACGGCUCAUAUGUUUGUAAGUAUUAAAAGUCUAUCUGAGAGUGUGACAUAAAUUCAGUGCAUUAAGUUGAUGAUGUUGGUUAUAUACAGACUUGAUGGUGAAAUGCUUGAUGCGGUUCAGAUAUGGAAUGGCUAUAAUGACCAUGCUUUGUAUCAAGAUGCUUGAUUUACAUCUCCAGGAGUGUGCAAGAUGCAAUCUUAUUGCAUAUAUAUUUACAAACAUUUGAGACCUAUUGCUCAACGGCUAGACAGAACCAAAGACACAUUACACCCAUCCUUAACAAAGAGGAUGUAUGAAAGAAACUCUCACAGCUUGUUUACAUUUGCUUUGGGGUGAAAGCAGACAACUUUCUUGCUGAAUCUGUCACUUCUUGAUGUCAACUUGUCCAGUUGCACAAUUGUAUGUGUAUAACUUUGUUGUUUAGCUUUUAGGUCCUUCCUCAGGACCUCGUGUCCUGUUUUUGAUAUAUGGGACACUGAUACAUUAUGUUUCACUAAGUCAUUUCCAUUCUUUCCACAUGGCUUUACCAGCACAAUCCAUCUAUUCUCAUUUUUUCUCUGAUACAACCAUUUCCAAUCUCCUUCUCAACUUUACACAUUGUUUAAUUUUGGGAUGCAGCAUUACAUGUCCACAUUGCCAUGCUCAUUUGCCACAUUUACAGCGUUUUGUCAUCAACACUCAGAGAUUCAUUACCACUUAGCAUGUGUGUAGUGCCAUUACCAUUUUACAUAAUAUUUCAAAAGAUGUGACAUGACACUGGUAGCAAAAUAGCAGUCAGCCUGCAUUGCUUCACCAUUGGUUUGUACCAGUACAUGAUGCUCUGUGACUGAACAAUAAGUGGUUAUUAUGAUGGUCUUCGAAUCAUUAGAAUAAUUUAGUCUGUGAAGUUUGCUAGUAAAUUGCCAGUCAUGUAAGAAAACACAGAAUUCAGAGGAUAUGGUACAAGUGUGUAGAAGUUUAAGGAAAUCUAAUUUACUUAUGGAUGUAAUUAUGUUUUCUUUUAUUUAUCACCGAUUUUGAUAGAUGAAGUUUGAAUAAUCUUAUUUUAAAAGAUGUCAACAAGAAUUUCUAAAUCAUUUUAGGGUGUUAGACUUCAAGAAAACUCAAGAGUUAAUUUCAAAAUAUCCAUCAAGUAGAAUUCUUCAUAAUUAUGAAUACAGAAUUCUACUCUAAUAAUUUGAAAGGCAGCUUGUAACGUUAGCAUUUCAAAAUAGGUUUGUUCUUCUGUAACUUAGGGAAAGUUUUGGGUUUGAAGGAGCAAAAAGAAAAGUCAAGAUGAGGAUGUUUUUAUUAUUGUGGAAAUGCUUGUAUCUGUCUAUUGAUCUAUAUCUGAUUUUCAUGCUGUACCUAUAACAAAUACCUUUAUUCAUGCAUUUGCUUGUACUGUCCCUUAAUAUCUGUCUUCUGCACAAACAUAGAAGAGCUUCUCCAAGUCACUCAGCCAGUGCUUCCUUAGUUUUAUCUCUGCAUUCCUUGGUGUUUCCUCAAUGAUCUACCAAAUUAACUUAUAUCCAUUGUCUCUUCUCUUAUUCCUUGUGAUAAUUUUGAUUUCAGGGUACACUUGUGAAAUUUAUUUCAGAUAUAUAACUGAUUAAAAAGGACUUCAAAUUUAAAACAAUAUAGAGGUUUUUCUGUGCUGUCUUCUUGCAGAAUUAUUGUUAGUGACUGUCAACAUGGCAACAAACACCUGUAUAUACUAGGGGCAAGCACACAUGUGGUAUUGUUGGGUAAGAACUUUUAACACUGCCCAGCAAUGCUACCUACUUAAUGGCAAGGUUCAAUUUCAUGUCGCUAGGGAGUGUUGCACCAACCAUGAGAGUUGGAGGAUGCUCGUUCAUAUGCCAACAGGUCAGCAAUUUAAAUAUGAAGUGACCAAGAAUGCCACCUUGCACUUCAUAGAAAUUCUGAAGUGAAAUGCAAAAAGCAAGGAUACAAGAUGAGAAAUGUUGGAAGUAAAAGUUUGGAAACGAUUCAAACAGAAUUGUUGUUUUUAGCAGCGCACAUCCUUCCUCCAUCAAAACUGAAGGGUAACCGACACAUGUUGUGGCUUCUCUCUCUCUCUCUCUCUCUCUCUCUCUCUCUCUCUCUCUCUCUCUCUCUCUCUCUCUCUCUCUCUCUCUCUCUCUCUCUCUCUCUCUCUCUCUCUCUCUCUCUCUCUCUCUCUCUCUCUCUCUCUCUCCUUCCUUCCACCCCUUCCCCCAUGUAUAUGCUCAGGUGUUGGGUUCAACAUCACCCAUGCCUCACGAGGCUGCAUGAUGGUGGACUGUGUAUACAGGGCUCAACAAAUGUCUCAGUAAUGGCAGCUUGACACCACUUGACGCACAAGAAUUACCAUUUGUUCCUGUUAAACACACUUAACUUUGCAAAAGAAGCAGUUUUGAAACUUUGAUGGCAUCUUGUAUUCAGAAAUGCUGUGCUCUUUCCUUGAAGAUGGUGUUGCUUGUCUAGGCCAUCCUGUGUGGUUUUGCCAGCCUGGUAUAUAAGUAGAUAGAUUCAUUGGGAAUUCUUAUGUUGGCAAAACAUCUUUAAGACUGAUAUUUAUUAAAUGAUAACCAUGAGGAAAAAUUGUUGGGAAUGUAGCUUAUGGUGGAGCAUUGAAUGUACACUACAGUUUAUAUAUGGACUUAAAAUGGAUUGUCCAAGUCCUCAUACUGUACUAGGCUGUAGACAAUCAUGUAAUGGUAUACACACUAAUGCACUGUUAUAUGGUGGUUGCUGUUUUGCCUUCAGCAUUAUGAGAGCAGAAAUCACUUGAUUUCACACUUCAUGAGUGAGGGUGCCUUCCGUACUCAACCCUCUUGGCCCAUAGGAUUUUUAUAUUUAGCAAUGUGGUCAUGGAGUGACUGCAAAGGCUUUAAUUGUUGUUUUUAUAGAAACCUUUAUUGUUAGGUACUGUUACAAAUACAGUUGUUUUGAGGCAGUUGUUUACAAAUAACUACUUAUGGUUAAAAAGAUGGACAAGGGAAAUGGACAGGACAAAUGGUAUGGUAUUGUAUUUUGGAUGAGUAGUGUUAGUGAAGCUCUCAGCAAUGUGAAGAAAAUGUAGUGAGUAGUAUUAAGUUCCUCCAGGCAUGUUGCCUACACCAUGUGUUCCAGGGAGCUUACAGGUGUAACCAAGGCUCAUCCAGGGGGUGAAUGGUACACUGAAAUGUGGAGAGUGAUGGGAAGGAACAGCAAGUGGUGUUCUCAAGCACAAGUAUGAUUAGAAAUGGAUUCCAUCCCUAAUAUAGAAAAGUUUAAACUAGUCCCCAGCACUGUGCAAUAAUGCCACACAUACUUAUCUUACCAGCAAUAUUGUGUUCAUCAUAGUUUCUAAUUUUAUAAUAGUCUGUGCAUGUGUGUCCAGUAUUAAGUGUAUGUUUUUAAUGCAGUUUUUUAUAGAUUAGUAAUAGUUGUUGCUCAACCUUCAUGUACCAUCCCAGGUUGUCUACAAGUGUUUACACAGACUAUCUGUAAAGUCACAGGUUUGUGUCUAUAUCUUAUCUCCAGUACUUUGUAAAAUGAAAAAUGUUGCAAGUGUAAGACUGCAAAUGAGAAAUACAGGCACUUGUCAUUUAUAAGGAUAAGCAAUGAACCUUUCAAUCAAAUGUAUAAAAUUGAAUUGCCAUUAUUUUACUACAGUACAGACAGCAGCUUUUGUGAGCAGCACAAAAUGUAUUUUGUAGUUACAUACUGGUGGUGGCAGCUAACCAGGGUUAUCUAGGUUUUGGAAUCAUUGAGUGAACAUUCCUUGUCUCUUCCAUUAUGGUAUUAUGCAUUUAGCCAUGGAUUUAAAGUCAUCAUUACCAUGUAUUAUAACUUGUCUUGUAAGUUCCAUAGUAUCUCAUCCAUUCACAAACUGUAGUACCAGAUAGAUGGCAAGGAAUAGUGACAGUUGAUUGGAAAAUUUGGAAGCAGGUUGAGUACAUCUUACAUGUUGUAUAAUGUCUGCCUGUAUCAACUUUCUCUGAGCAGCUAAUACGUAUUCUUGGAAGAUACAAGACAGUUUUGAUAAACAGUUUUGUGCAAUAAUUAAUUAUGUGCAUGGUCUGAACAGUGUCUGUCUUUGUUUGGUAGCAACACCAAUGUGAACAUGAGAUGGUGCAGCUCAUUUAUGUUUUGAAUUGAUGCUGGUAAAUUCCUCUGCAUAACUGUGGUGCUCAGCUGUUUAUACUUAAAACCUCUUUUCUUUCUGUAUAAGGUGCUAGCAAAGGCCAAGGUAUUGUGAUCAUAUACAGGAUUAAUAUACAUUCCACAUUACAUAUUUCGUAAUUGGUGUAUUUUAUUUUAGUAAACAACUAAAGUCAAAAUGGAAAAAAAUCUUUGCCAAAGCUCAUUUAGGUAAAUUAUGGUUCUGGCUUUUUUCAUGUAAUUUGGUGUUAUUGUGAAAUAUACAAGAAAGAAUAAUUUGAACUUAUGUUGCUGAGAAAAGUUGAAGAAAAAUUAUUCAACAAAGGUGGAGAGGUGUAUGUAUGAUGCAGGAGAGAUAACAGAGGGUUCAUCUAGCUACAGUGAGGUGAGAUUUGGUGUACAUGUUCUUACAUUCCUCAGCUGCACAGUUGUUCCAUAGAUGAAAUGAUAUUUUGUGUGUGUCAUUCCAAAGUCAUCUUUACAAGAUGUGUGUUGUUUUUGAUGUACAUUCCAAUUUUUGUGACUUCAUUUUUGUGAUGUACUUAUUUUUUUUAUGCAUAGAUAGGUAUGUUUACCAGACAGUUGGAGUUAAUCUCUGUAGGACAUUAUUGUUUUUUGUUGAAUUUUUUUUUUUUUUUUAUUAAAUAAGGUACAUGUGUGAUAGAUUAAAUAUUUAUCAGUGUACUUCUGUAUUGUAAUCUUAAGAAUGCUUUUCAGAAUUAAGUAGUAUGUAUACCUAAGUUACAUAAGUUUUCUUCCCUCAAAAUACUUACUAUUAGCAUGUGAUGAUUGAAAGGUUGUCAUGAGGGUGGGAUGUAGCAUUGUUCUGUGGUGCUGGAUGUGGACAGAUCUGUAGUGAUGUUGGCAAAGUUUCCUUUAAGAAUGAGAUGGAAAAGUAAAUAUGUAUCAUUAUAUCUACUUUAAUAAUUAGAAUAACAUGUGAAGAAAAAGAAGGGGAAAACUCAAGACAUCAUACAUAGCCCUAGUUAUGAUACUGGUUGCUGUCAAAGUCCAAUGUUGAGGCAAAACUUUUGUUGAUGUCAUGCUGAACAGUUAUAGUGUCUUGCUCACACUGAAAUUGUACUCACAAUGCCUGGAAUGUGCAGAUGGGAGCAGACUAGAAGUCAAGGUGACACAAGUCUAUUGUAAAAGGAAAUAAAUUAAUGAAAUUGAA